AUGGCACGGCGGCCUCGGAUGUGGCCUCCAGACUUGCUUCCGGGUCCCGGGGAUGAUGUCGAGCUUUUCCCAGUCAAUUUCGUUGACAAAGGCGUCCCAGGCGUCCUCCUCAUUCUUGUAGAACGAAGUAUCGUAGUCCAGGCGUCCAUCAGGCUUCAGCAGCGGCUUAUGGCGCCGGCCAGCCCGCGGCCGCAAGGACUCCAUGUAGACCACCUCGCUCCACUUGCCCGAUAUGUGGUAGUGCGGUGUGGCGUAGCGGUCGAACACCAGCGCGCGCACCUUGUGGAAGUCCUUGUCGAACCAGCCCUUGCGCAGGUACUGGACCACCGCAAACUCGCCACUGGUUAUGUUGCGCAAAAUAGCGGUACCCACAGUUUCGAUCCAUAUCUUUCCUAUAAUGAUGUUGUGUAUCACCACGUAACACCGCUGCAGCGAGUAUUGCUCCUUCGCGCCUCCCACCGUCAGGUUGACCAGGAAGGGGCCGAUGAUGCUGACCUCCACCGACUUGCCCGUCAGCCUCACCAAGGCGUUGGUGCUGCCGUAGGCCUCGAAGUUGUCGUUGUGGCAGUGGAAUGCGCAGAUGGGCGGGUGGUGCCCGACCUGCUCUGCCAUAAACUUGAACCCGCGGUGCGUCAGCUCGAAGGUCUCCCCGAGCAUCGGGUUGAAGGGUUUGUACGCGCGUCCAACCGCGGACCCGUACGGCGUGAUGCUGAAAAGCGUCACGUACGCCAUGCGAUCAAUGGCCUUGGCUUGCUGUGCAGCGGUGUCGAGCAGGUGACUGUACUCGAAGGCCUCGCAGUCACGCUGCAACGCUGA